AUGGCGUGCGAGCAAAGGUCUAGUGUGGCCGAGGGAGAGGCAGCUGGCCAGUUCCAGCUUCAACACCUCCCACCCGAUCUGCUGCCCGAGAUCCACCACCGCCUCGCCUUCCUCACGCGCCUCGCCUCCGCCUCUGUCUGCAGCGCGUCGGGGCACCACUUGAAGCCGGAGACGCCGUGGCUCAUCCUCCCCGCAGAGAACGAGGACAGGGCCAGGGUCCUGUCCCUGGCCGAUGAGGAGAACACCACCGUCCGCUUCGGAGGCCAACCCCCACCCCCACCGGCGCCGGGACACAAAUACGACUAUCGGACGGACGGCGACGGCGAGGAGCCGAGGACAUACACUCUCACGGCCACCCAGAUGCGGCAGGUCUUCUACCGCAAGGUCAUCCUCUCGGCGUCGCCGUGCCCGAACAGCUACGCCGCCAUGCUCAUCAUGGACCGGUGCACCGGCACCCCAUCCUUCACGGCGGCUGAAGGACCUCUCGUGGAGGAUGGCGCGCUCCCCCGACGCCGUCAAGGAUGCCAUACACCACAACGGACGCUUCUUGUCUAUCACCUACACGGGCGGUUCAUGGCCGUGCUCAAGCACGCUAGGGAUGAUAAAAGUGACGAUCGCUACUCUAGGGACACGCGCACGCGCAUUUUCUUCGAGGUCCAGAUACUAGACCGCGUCAAGGAACGGUGGGAGGAGGCGGCGGACAUCGGCGACACCGCGCUCUUCGUCGGCGUCAACGGGUCGCUGUGCCUGUCGACGAGGGAGCACCAGGGCAUCAGGCCCGGCUGCGUCUACUUCACUGACGAUGAGGUCGGGGUGGCCUGCCUACGCAAGGCCAACAACCAGCAGAGAUCCAAUUCCUACGGCGAAGCCGACGACACCAUGAUGGAUAAUUCUCUGUGUUGUGUUGGCUAG